AGCUCACAUAUCUAGAGGCAGGCAAAAAUGCAGCUGUAGUUUUACUUGAAAUGCUUUUCUAUUCUUGGUUUUUGAGUCAGAAUACACAUAGUAGAUUAAAUUACAUAUGCAAAAUUCUAUAGCCUAUGAUAUUAGACCAUUCUUGCAUUGCUAUAAAUACUUGAGACCAGGUAAUGUAUAAAGAAAAGAGGUAUAAUUGGCUCACAGUUCUGCAGGCUUUAUAGGAAGCAUGGUGCUGGUAUCUGCUUGGCUUCUGGGGAGGCUUCAGGAAGGUGAAGGGGGAGCAAACAAGUCACAUGGCCAGAGCAGGAGCAAGAUGGGGCGGUGGGGGCACCACACACUUUUAAAUGACCAGAUCUCAGAAAAACUCACUCACUAUUGGAGGGUAGCACGAACCCAUGAGGGAUCUGCCCACCCCCUCCCCGCUCCAAACACCUCCCACCAGGCCCCACCUCCAACACUGGGGAUUACAAUUCAACAUGAGAUUUGGUGGAGCCAUAUAUUCAAUCAUAUCACCUACUAAGCCCAAAGCUCUAAGAACUAUCUUUUUCUCUUACAAUGGAGCUACAAGAUUUUGCUUUGGUGAUUAAGAGAACAAUACAAUCUUAUGCAGGCAGGGCCCCAUAAUGUUUUAAAGUUACUGAAAAUAUUCCAAUUCAUAGUAAAAUAAUAAUAUUAGCUAUUAUUUAAUGAGCGAAACACGGUUAAAGCAUUUCCUCAAAGUCAUCUCAUUUAGUCUUCAAUAAGAAGUUUGGGGGCUUAUUAUGAACUCUCAGAGAUGGCAUUUGGAUGUCUUCAGGCUUAGGAGUAUGGACUCUGUCCUGGGGAUGAGGUUCAGAAAAACUUAGAUGUUGCUGGCCUUAGCUUACAAGGUCAAGUUAGUAAAAAUUUAGCAUGAUUAGAACUGGGAAAUGUCCUGCUCUAGGGGACUGCAAGUGAUUGCUGAGGUUGUUCCUCUUGUUACGUGUCUGAAUGCCUCUCAAGCCAGGAAGAGAAUUCCUUAUUAAAAAUGGCCGGAGGUACCAGCAUUCUACCUAGUCAGGGCUCCAGCUUCCCUCCUCUGUGUGCAAUCUAAGUUUUGGACCCAAGGGUGGAGGAUCUACCACUGUACAGUGCUGAGUAAGACAUGGUUCUCACCGAAGUCAGUGAAGUUCCCAGUCCUUUCUGGCGCGAGCUGCAUUCCCAGACACUCGCGUUCUUACGGAAAGAAGCUCUGUCUUUUGCGCUAGUGUUUGUCUACCCUCCCCUGCCCUAAAAUAAUGACUGCCCUCUACCUGAGAGAAAGGGACUUCAAUGGUGGUAAUCUACUCGCGGCUGGCUGCAUCCUUGAAAAAGCCCAUUUCUCUUCUACUAUCUUCAAGAUCUUGGUUAACCAGAUUCACAUUGUAUUUGCCGGACUCUUUCUCAGGUGACUGCUCUAUGUUCUUUUUUAUCUAAAGUAGGGCAAGUCACCCAUGGGUGCUAACCCUCCCCCACCCACAUCAAGGGAGAAACACUCCUCUACUCUUUUCUGGACAUUCCUGUUCAGAGUCGAGGUAAGGGUUGCACGGCCCCGCCCCACCCGCCCCUCCGUUACCAAGCCUUCCCUCGCCCGCCUCGCAGCCUCAGGGCCUUAGAACCCAGGCGGGGCGGGGCCGGGAAAGGUGAGGCUGCUGGCGGGAAGCGGCGGCGGCGCGCAGCGGUACCUAGCGGCGCUGCCCCGCUGGCAGCCGGACGACGUGGCACUGUCGGAGAAUACAGGAAGGGGAUUCGGCUUUCUCCUCCCCGCGAGGAGGAGCCUCGACAUCCUGCAGAGGCGAGAGGAUCCUUGAGGGCACUGGUGCGCCUUUCAGGUGAGGUCUUAGCAGAUAAAAGCGGCUGGCUGUGGUCCGCACCAGUAGUGCUUUCUGCUCCGCACUCGCCGUGAGCCAGGUGUGCAACCAGAUUUGGGGCGAGGGUCGCGCUGGCCACCUCGCAUGCGCAGAGCCGGGAGCCCGCUGACUGGACUACAGCUCCCAGAGGAGCCUUGUGGAGGCCGCAGACGCGGAGCCGCUGGCGCCAUCUUGAAAUCGAAUCCUCAAUCCCCGAGGCUUUGCGUCUGCGCGGCCGGCCGCUGCUGCUCCGGGAGCCCAGUCUGCUAAAAGGGGAGGACGUUGAGGACGCGGCGGCUGGCGGGAGAGACAGCUGGGGAGAGACAUGGCAGCGUCGGAGCGCGGCCUGCGCCUCUGUCACUCAGCAUCCCCUUAGGCGUUUCCACGCCCGCUCCCUGCCCGAGGGGCGGGGCUGACGGCUCUGGUACCCGGAGCCGGCGCGCGGGGCAGGGGUGCGCCCCUGCAGAGUGGGGACCCCACUGGGCUGUGCCAUGCUGACCGGAGACCACCGAGGCGGGAGACAGAGCGCAGCGAAGAGCCAUUGAGUGGUCACCCAGUAGCCGCCGCCGCCGCCGCCUCCGCCUCGGGAAGCUUGGCACCCGCUAGGAGGGAAGAUGAAGGAGAUUUGCAGGAUCUGUGCCCGAGAGCUGUGUGGAAACCAGCGGCGCUGGAUCUUCCACACGGCGUCCAAGCUGAACCUCCAGGUUCUGCUUUCUCACGUCUUGGGCAAGGAUGUCCCCCGCGAUGGCAAAGCCGAGUUCGCUUGCAGCAAAUGUGCUUUCAUGCUUGAUCGAAUCUAUCGAUUCGACACGGUUAUUGCCAGGAUUGAAGCGCUUUCUAUUGAGCGCUUGCAAAAGCUGCUACUGGAGAAGGAUCGCCUCAAGUUCUGCAUUGCCAGUAUGUAUCGGAAGAAUAACGAUGACUCUGGCGCGGAGAUCAAGGCGGGGAAUGGGACGGUUGACAUGUCCGUCUUACCCGAUGCGAGAUACUCUGCUCUGCUCCAGGAGGACUUCGCCUAUUCAGGGUUUGAGUGCUGGAUGGAGAAUGAGGAUCAGAUCCAGGAGCCACACAGCUGCCAUGGUUCAGAAGGCCCUGGAAACCGACCCAGGAGAUGCCGUGGUUGUGCCGCUUUGCGAGUUGCUGAUUCUGACUAUGAAGCCAUUUGUAAGGUACCUCGAAAGGUGGCCAGAAGUAUCUCCUGUGGCCCUUCUAGCAGGUGGUCGACCAGCAUUUGCACGGAAGAACCAGCGUUGUCUGAGGUUGGGCCACCCGACUUAGCAAGCACAAAGGUACCCCCAGAUGGAGAAAGCAUGGAGGAAGAGACGCCUGGUUCCUCUGUGGAAUCUUUGGAUGCAAGCGUCCAGGCUAGCCCUCCACAACAGAAAGAUGAGGAGACUGAGAGAAGUGUAAAGGAACUUGGAAAGUGUGACUGUUGUUCAGAUGAUCAGGCUCCGCAGCAUGGGUGGCUGGAGUUAGCUCUUAGCAUGAUUAAAGGUCUCGAUUAUAAGCCCAUCCAGAGCCCCCGAGGGAGCAGGCUUCCGAUUCCAGUGAAAUCCAGCCCACCUGGAGCCAAGCCUGGCCCUAGCAUGACAGAUGGAGUUAGUUCCGGUUUCCUUAACAGGUCUUUGAAACCCCUUUACAAGACACCUGUGAGUUAUCCCUUGGAGCUUUCAGACCUGCAGGAGCUGUGGGAUGAUCUCUGUGAAGAUUAUUUGCCGCUCCGGGUCCAGCCCAUGACUGAAGAGUUACUGAAACAACAAAAGCUGAAUUCACAUGAGACCACUAUAACUCAGCAGUCUGUAUCUGAUUCCCACUUGGCAGAACUCCAGGAAAACAUCCAGCAAACAGAGGCCACCAACAAGAUUCUUCAAGAGAAACUUAAUGAAAUGAGCUAUGAACUAAAGUGUGCUCAGGAGUCGUCUCAAAAGCAAGAUGGUACAAUUCAGAACCUCAAGGAAACUCUAAAAAGCAGGGAACGUGAGACUGAGGAGUUGUACCAGGUGAUUGAAGGUCAAAAUGACACAAUGGCAAAGCUUCGAGAAAUGCUGCACCAAAGCCAGCUGGGACAACUUCAUAGCUCAGAGGAUGCUUCUCCAGCUCAGCAACAGGUAGCUCUGCUUGAUCUUCAGAGUGCUUUAUUCUGCUGCCAACUUGAAAUACAGAAGCUCCAGAGGGUGGUACGACAGAAAGAGCGCCAACUGGCUGAUGCCAAACAAUGUGUGCAAUUUGUAGAGGCUGCAGCACACGAGAGUGAACAGCAGAAAGAGGCUUCUUGGAAACAUAACCAGGAAUUGCGAAAAGCCUUGCAGCAGCUACAAGAAGAAUUGCAGAAUAAGAGCCAACAGCUUCGUGCCCGGGAGGCUGAAAAAUACAAUGAGAUUCGAACCCAGGAACAAAACAUCCAGCACCUAAACCAUAGUCUGAGUCACAAGGAGCAGUUGCUUCAGGAAUUUCGGGAGCUCCUACAGUAUCGAGAUAACUCAGACAAAACCCUUGAAGCAAAUGAAAUGUUGCUUGAGAAACUUCGCCAGCGAAUACAUGAUAAAGCUGUUGCUCUGGAGCGGGCUAUAGAUGAAAAAUUCUCUGCUCUAGAAGAGAAAGAAAAAGAACUGCGCCAGCUUCGUCUUGCUGUGAGAGAGCGAGAUCAUGACUUAGAGAGACUGCGCGGUGUCCUCUCCUCCAAUGAAGCUACUAUGCAAAGUAUGGAGAGUCUCCUGAGGGCCAAAGGCCUGGAAGUGGAACAGUUAUCUACUACCUGUCAAAACCUCCAGUGGCUGAAAGAAGAAAUGGAAACCAAGUUUAGCCAUUGGCAGAAGGAACAAGAGAGUAUCAUUCAGCAGUUACAGACGUCUCUUCAUGAUAGGAACAAAGAAGUGGAGGAUCUUAGUGCAACAUUGCUCUGCAAACUUGGACCAGGGCAGAGUGAGAUAGCAGAGGAGCUGUGCCAGCGUCUACAGCGAAAGGAAAGGAUGCUGCAGGACCUUCUAAGUGAUCGAAACAAACAAGUGGUGGAACAUGAAAUGGAGAUUCAAGGCCUGCUUCAGUCUGUGAGCACCAGGGAGCAGGAAAGCCAAGCUGCUGCAGAGAAGAUGGUGCAAGCCUUAAUGGAAAGAAAUUCAGAAUUACAGGCCCUGCGCCAGUAUUUCGGAGGAAGAGACUCCCUGAUGUCCCAAACACCCAUCUCUAACCAACAAGCUGAAGUUACCCCCACUGGCCGUCUUGGAGAACAGACUGAUCAAGGUUCAAUGCAGAUACCUUCCAGAGAUGAUAGCACUUCACUGACUGCCAAAGAGGAUGCCAGCAUACCCAGAUCCACUUUAGGAGACUUGGACACAGUUGCAGGGCUGGAAAAAGAACUGAAUAAUGCCAAAGAGGAACUUGAACUCAUGGCUAAAAAAGAAAGAGAAAGUCAGAUGGAACUUUCUGCUCUACAGUCCAUGAUGGCUGUGCAAGAAGAAGAGCUGCAGGUGCAGGCUGCUGAUAUGGAGUCUCUGUCCAGGAACAUACAGAUUAAAGAAGAUCUCAUAAAGGACCUGCAAAUGCAACUGGUUGAUCCUGAAGACAUACCAGCUAUGGAACGCCUGACCCAGGAAGUCUUACUUCUUCGGGAAAAAGUUGCUUCAAUAGAAUCCCAGGGUCAAGAAAUUUCAGGGAACCGAAGACAACAGUUGCUGCUGAUGCUAGAAGGACUAGUAGAUGAACGGAGUCGGCUCAAUGAGGCCUUACAAGCAGAGAGACAGCUCUAUAGCAGUCUGGUGAAGUUCCAUGCCCAUCCAGAGAGCUCUGAGAGAGACCGAACUCUGCAGGUGGAACUGGAAGGGGCUCAGGUGUUACGCAGUCGGCUAGAAGAAGUUCUUGGAAGAAGCUUGGAGCGCUUAAACAGGCUGGAGACCCUGGCCGCCAUUGGAGGUGCAGCUGCAGGGGAUGACACCGAAGAUGCAAGCACUGAGUUUACUGACAGUAUUGAGGAGGAGGCCGCACACCAUAGUCACCAGCAACUUGUCAAGGUGGCUUUGGAGAAAAGUCUGGCAACUCUGGAGACCCAGAACCCAUCUUUUUCCCCUCCUUCUCCAAUGGGAGGGGACAGUAACAGGUGUCUUCAGGAAGAAAUGCUCCACCUGAGGGCUGAGAUCCACCAGCACUUAGAAGAGAAGACGAAAGCUGAGGAGGAACUGAAGGAGCUAAAGGCUCAAAUUGAGGAAGCAGGAUUCUCCUCAGUGUCCCACAUCAGGAACACCAUGCUGAGCCUUUGCCUUGAGAAUGCAGAGCUGAAAGAGCAGAUGGGAGAAGCAAUGUCUGAUGGAUGGGAGAUCGAGGAAGACAAGGAGAAGGGCGAGGUGAUGGUUGAGACUGUGGUAGCCAAAAAGGGUCUGAGUGAGAGUAGCCUUCAGGCUGAGUUCAGAAAGCUCCAGGGAAAACUGAAGAAUGCCCACAAUAUCAUCAACCUCCUCAAAGAACAACUUGUGCUGAGUAGCAAGGAAGGGAAUAGUAAACUUACUCCAGAGCUCCUCGUGCAUCUGACCAGCACCAUCGACAGAAUAAACACAGAACUGGUUGGUUCUCCUGGGAAGCACCAACACCAAGAGGAGGGGAAUGUGACUGUGAGGCCUUGCUCCAGACCCCAGAGCCUUGACCUUGGGGCUACCUUCACAGUGGAUGCCCACCAAUUGGAUAACCAGUCCCAGCCUCGUGACCCUGGGCCUCAGUCAGCGUGUAGCCUACCAGGGUCCACCCAGCACCUGCGCUCCCAGCUGUCACAAUGCAAACAACGCUAUCAAGAUCUCCAGGAGAAGCUGCUGCUAUCAGAAGCCACUGUCUUUGCUCAGGCUAGUGAGCUGGAGAAAUACAGAGUUAUGCGUACAGGUGAAUCCUUGGUGAAGCAGGACAGCAAGCAGGUCCAGGUGGACCUCCAGGACCUGGGCUAUGAGACUUGUGGCCGAAGCGAGAAUGAGGCUGAACGGGAGGAAACCACCAGUCCUGAGUGUGAGGAGCACAACACCCUCAAGGAAAUGAUCCUGAUGGAGGGGCUAUGCUCUGAGCAGGGGCACCAGGGCUCAACACUGGCUAGUUCCUCCGAGAGGAAGCCCUUGGAGAACCAGCUAGGGAAGCAGGAAGAGUUCCGGGUAUAUGGAAAGUCAGAAAACAUCUUGGUCCUACGAAAGGACAUCAAAGAUCUGAAGGCCCAGCUGCAGAAUGCCAACAAGGUCAUUCAAAACCUCAAGAGCCGGGUCCGGUCCCUCUCGGUUACAAGUGAUUAUUCAUCUAGUCUGGAAAGACCCCGGAAGCUGAGAGCUGUUGGCACCUUGGAAGGGUCUUCACCUCAUAGUGUCCCUGAUGAGGAUGAGGGGUGGCUGUCUGAUGGCACUGGGGCUUUCUACUCUCCAGGGCUUCAGGCCAAAAAGGACCUGGAGAGUCUCAUCCAGAGAGUAUCCCAGCUGGAGGCCCAGCUCCCAAAAAAUGGACUAGAAGGGAAGCUGGCUGAGGAGCUGAGAUCAGCCUCGUGGCCUGGGAAAUAUGAUUCCCUGAUUCAGGAUCAGGCCCGGGAACUGUCUUACCUACGGCAAAAAAUACGAGAAGGGAGAGGUAUUUGUUAUCUUAUCACCCAGCAUGCAAAAGAUACAGUAAAAUCUUUUGAGGAUCUCCUAAGGAGCAAUGACAUUGACUACUACCUGGGACAGAGCUUCCGGGAGCAACUCGCCCAGGGAAGCCAGCUGACAGAGAGGCUCACCAGCAAACUCAGCACCAAGGAUCAUAAAAGUGAGAAAGAUCAAGCUGGACUUGAGCCACUGGCCCUCAGGCUCAGCAGGGAGCUGCAAGAGAAGGAGAAAGUGAUUGAAGUCCUGCAGGCCAAGCUGGAUGCUCGGUCCCUCACACCCUCCAGCAGCCAUGCCUUGUCUGACUCCCACCGCUCUCCCAGCAGCACCUCUCUCCUGUCUGAUGAGCUGGAAGCCUGCUCUGACAUGGACAUAGCCAGCGAGUACACACACUAUGAAGAGAAGAAAGCUUCUCCCAGUCACUCAGAUUCCAUCCAUCAUUCGAGUCGUUCUGCUGUGUUGUCUUCUAAACCAUCAUCAACCAGUGCAUCUCAGGGGGUUAAGGCCGAAUCCAACAGCAACCCCAUCAGCUUGCCAACUCCCCAGAAUCCCCCCAAGGAGGCCAACCAGGCCCAUUCAGGCUUUCAUUUUCACUCCAUACCCAAGCUGGCUAGCCUUCCUCAGGCACCGUUGCCCUCAGCUCCACCCAGCUUCCUGCCUUUCAGCCCCACUGGCCCUCCCCUCCUUGGCUGCUGUGAGACACCGGUGGUCUCCUUGGCUGAGGCUCAGCAGGAGCUACAGAUGCUGCAGAAGCAGUUGGGAGAAAGUGCCAGCACUGUUCCUCCUGCUUCUACAGCUACAUUGCCGAGCAACGACUUGGAAGCCGACUCCUCCCCCUACCUCAACUCUGCCCAGCCUCACUCUCCUCCAAGGGGCACCAUAGAACUGGGAAGAAUCCUAGAGCCUGGGUACCUGGGCAGCAGUGGCCAGUGGGACAUGAUGAGGCCUCAGAAAGGGAGUGUAUCUGGGGACCUAUCCUCAGGCUCCUCUGUGUACCAGCUUAACUCCAAACCCACAGGGGCUGACCUGCUGGAAGAGCAUCUUGGUGAAAUCCGGAACCUGCGCCAGCGCCUGGAGGAGUCCAUCUGCAUCAAUGACCGCCUACGGGAGCAAUUGGAACACCGGCUGAGCUCUACUGCUCGUGGAAGCGGAUCCACUUCUAACUUCUACAGUCAGGGCCUGGAGUCCAUACCUCAGCUCUGCAAUGAGAACAGAGUCCUCAGGGAAGAAAAUCGAAGACUUCAGGCUCAACUGAGUCAUGUUUCCAGAGAGCACUCCCAGGAAACGGAAAGCCUGAGAGAGGCUCUGCUGUCCUCUCGAUCCCACCUUCAAGAGCUGGAAAAGGAGCUGGAGCACCAGAAGGUGGAAAGGCAGCAGCUUUUGGAAGACUUGAGGGAGAAGCAGCAAGAGGUCUUGCAUUUCAGGGAGGAACGUCUUUCCCUCCAGGAAAACGACUCCAGACUGCAGCACAAGCUGGUUCUCCUGCAGCAACAGUGUGAAGAGAAACAGCAGCUCUUUGAGUCCCUCCAAUCAGAGCUACAAAUCUACGAGGCACUUUAUGGCAAUUCCAAGAAGGGGCUGAAAGCUUACAGCCUGGAUGUCUGUCACCAAAUCCCUCUGAGCAGUGACCUGAGCCACCUGGUGGCAGAGGUACGAGCUCUGAGAGGGCAGCUGGAGCAGAGCAUUCAGGGGAACAAUUGUCUGCGACUGCAGCUGCAACAGCAGCUGGAUAGCGGUGCUGGCAAAGCCAGCCUCAGCCCGUCCUCCAUUAACCAGAACUUCCCAGCCAGCGCUGACCCUGGAAACAAGCAGCUGCUCCUCCAAGAUUCAGCUGUGUCUCCUCCAGUCCGGGAUGUUGGUAUGAAUUCCCCAGCUCUGGUCCUCCCCAGCUCUGCUUCCUCUACUCCUGGCUCAGAAAUGGCCAUAAUCAACAGAGCAGAUGGCUUGGGUUUGGAUACUUCUCCAGUAUUGAAGACCCCUCCCAAGCUGGAGGGGGAUGCUACUGAUGGCUCCUUUGCCAAUAAGCAUGGCCGCCAUGUCAUUGGCCACAUUGAUGACUACAGUGCCCUAAGACAGCAAAUUGUGGAGGGCAAGCUGCUGGUCAAAAAGAUAGUGUCUCUUGUGAGAUCAGCAUGCAGCUUCCCUGGCCUUGAAGCCCAAGGCACAGAGGUGCUAGGCAGCAAAGGCAUUCAUGAGCUUCAGAGCAGCACCAGUGCCCUGCACCAUGCCCUAGAGGAGUCGGCUUCCCUUCUCAGCAUGUUCUGGAGAGCGGCCCUGCCAAGCACCCACAUCCCUGUGCUGCCUGGCAAAGUGGGAGAAUCAACAGAAAGGGAACUUCUGGAACUGAGAACCAAAGUAUCCAAACAGGAGUGGCUCCUUCAGAGGACAGCUGAGCGUCUGAAGACUGCCAACCAGCAGAAGGAGAGCAUGGAGCAGUUCAUCGUCAGCCAGCUAACCAGAACACAUGAUGUUUUAAAGAAGGCAAGGACUAACUUAGAGAGCAGCACUUACAGGAUUGCCUCUGUAAAGCCUUAUUCCUGUCCCAGAAAAGGUGAAAUCCCUAAGGGCUCUGCCGUGUACUCCAGCCUUGUGACCCUUGCCUUCCAGGAACCACGCAAGAAGCGCAGCCACCAGAAGUCCUUAAAACAGCAGGAAAGGUGGGCCUGUCCCCCUUUUGUGCAGCUACCUAUCUGCUGAGGAGCAUGUGGGCCUCAUUCCUCCAAGUCCACUGGAGGGUCCAGAAGAGGGAGUCAGAGAUGUAUCCUGGUGGAGCUGGGAGAAAGGCAGAAAGCCUUUCUGACAGCUAUGGAAUACCAUUAGCCAAGGUCCACUUGGCCCAGCACUAAGCAAAAGAUGCGUAGUUUGCAUAGACGGUUUUGUGAUACUGCCUCUUAACAGCCCCAGCAGCUUGGGAACUAGCAACAGCACAUUUCUUGCCUCAUCAGCUGUCCUGAGAUGGAAAACUCAGUGGAUAUAGGACUCUGAUUCUGAUGAAUGGGGCACGUGGUCCCAAUGCUGGAGCUCCUCUGGCAGGUUCUAAAGGCACACUACUGAGCAGCGGUGCCCUGCCGGACACUGCUGGUGGGGGCUCAGUGAGCACUACUCACAGAUCCACACCUGACCCUGUUGGGUCGAGUCAGGCUGGGCUUUGGUCUGCACUGUAGCACCUGUGUUCUUUGAGUUCACAUCAUGAAUGUGGUGACUUCCCAGAUACCAUCUCAGGCUUAACCUAGCACAUCCUAUUUCUUUUCUUCUAUGAUAUCCGAAUUGGACUGACCUCACUUCAAAGAUGCUGUCCCAUUUUGUCAUCCUAUCUUAUCUCGGGGAAACUGGGGACUGAUGGCCAGACCAACUCUGUUGAAAUUCUUGCAUAGAGCAAACCUGUGCUCAUUUUUAAGUGGAAUGGGAGAGGCCCCUAGCCUAGGAAAGCCUAGUCUCUGUCUUCACAGUGCUGAUAGAAUGUGUUUGUGUGUAUAAAUGUAUGAUAUAGAUUUAUAUAUGUUGCUAUCACCAUAUAUUGAAAGCCAUCAUAACUGGUGGACAGGGUGGGUGACAGAAAAUGAAAGUCUUUUUGGUGAUUAUUAAAGCAAAAUGUGUAUAAAGAAAUAAACAGUUUUUCUUUCA